GUGGGCGGGACUAUCAUUUAUCCGCCUGUGAUUGGCCCGCGCUCCUCACAUGAUACUUUGAGUUGUCCAAUGAAAUAUGGGUUUAUGGGUUUGGCCAAUGAAAACAGGCAAUCAGAAGGUUCCCAUAUCACUUUGAAAAUUAGCAUGGGCAAUAAAUAAAUGCUUCUGCAUUCGCGUCAGAGAAUACAUUACUUCGUCGAUUUUGUAUUCACGCAGCGUCAUGCCUGAACCAGCAAAGUCCGCGCCUAAGAAGGGCUCCAAGAAGGCCGUCACGAAGACCGCCGGUAAGGGAGGAAAGAAGCGCAAGAGGUCCAGGAAGGAGAGUUACGCUAUCUACGUCUACAAAGUCCUGAAGCAGGUUCAUCCUGACACCGGCAUCUCUUCCAAGGCGAUGGGCAUCAUGAACUCUUUCGUCAACGACAUCUUCGAACGCAUCGCCGGUGAGUCGUCUCGUCUCGCUCACUACAACAAGCGCUCCACCAUCACUUCUAGAGAGAUCCAGACCGCCGUGCGUCUGCUGCUGCCCGGAGAGCUGGCCAAACACGCCGUGUCCGAGGGCACCAAGGCAGUGACCAAGUACACCAGCUCCAAGUGAGGUGUGAUGUGACUUUGACUACCCCAAAGGCUCUUUUAAGAGCUACCCAUGUUCUCAACAAAUGAGCUUUUGUUGUAAAGUUGUUUGCAGCAUUGCUAGGAGAGUUUUGAUUAAAUAUAAAUGCUGACAACGCUGUCUCAGAUAUUUGAGAGAAUUUUUUUUAAAUAAAUUAAGCAUAACACUAACAGAGGCUGCCGUUUGUUAGGAAAAAAAAGAAAAACUUGCUUCAUUGUCUUUUUAUUCCUUGCUUGUGUAAAUGGCUUACUAUCACUACCUUCACCAACUUUUGUGUAGAUGUCAUGGACACCAAACCACAACUGUAUUACUUACAUGAAGUUCAAAAGUGAAGUUUUCACUUUUCAACUAUAUAUAUGAGUGUGGGAGCACACAUUUUUUUUGUUGUGUAAAAUCAUCAAACUUCCUUGAUUCAAAAUGAUCUUCAAAGAAAAUAAAGAAUGGUGGCUGUG